CAAAGAUGCCCCAGUUACUGAGAAACAUCAGUGGGAUCAUUGAGGCCUUCGGGCRCUAUGCCAGGACGGAGGGCGACUGCACCGUGCUCUCCCGAGGGGAGCUCAAGAGACUCCUGGAGCAAGAGUUUGCAGAUGUCAUAGUGAGACCCCAYGAUGCAGCCACUGUGGAUGAGGUCCUGCGCCUGCUGGAUGAGGACCACACRGGGACUGUGGAAUUCAAGGAAUUCCUGGUUUUGGUGUUUAAGGUUGCCCAGGCCUGUUUUAAGACCCUGAACCAGAGUCCUGGGGGUGCUUGCAGUUCUCGAGAAUCUGGAAACCAACACUCUGGGUCUUCACAAGAGCUGGGGGAAUGUCAGAGAAGUGGCUCUGAAGUGGGAAGCGAUGGGCAGGGACAACAUCAAGAGGCAAGCAGCCAUGCACAGAGCCAGCAGGCUUCCAGAGGCCAGGGCGGGACUGGGACUCAGACCCACGGUCAGGACACCAGCUCUGCACAGGUCAGCAGCCAUGACAGGCAGGCUGAGUCCCAGAGGCAGGAGAGGGGGAGUCAGCAGACACAAGGAGCAGGCUACGUGGAGCAGACCCCAAAAGUAGAAGACAGGGGGUCAGAGAGACCACUGAAGACCAGCGRACAGACAGGUGAGGUUGUGACUGGACCUGCAGCUCAGACCCAGACAGGURCCACCCAGGCUGGGCAGCAAGACAGCAGCCAUCAGACAGGAAGUACCAACAUCCAGACACAGGGGUCUUCCUCUGGCCAAACCAGGCAGACGGAGACACAGGGUCAGGUCAGGAUCCAGACCAGCCAGGUUGUGACAGGAGGACAAAUCCCGACACAGACAGGGUCACACACCCAGAUACACAGCCAGACCGUGGGACAGGACAGCAGCCAUCACACAGGAAGUACCAGCAUCCAGACACAGGGGCCUUUCUCUGGCCAGACCAGACAGAUGGAAACACAGGGUCAGGACAGGAUCCAGCCCAGCCAGGUUGUGACAGGAGGACAAAUCCCGACACAGGCAGGGUCACACACCCAGACACACAGCCAGACCGUAGGACAGGACAGCAGCCAUCACACAGGAAGUGCCAGCAUCCAGACACAGGGGUCUUCCUCUGGCCAGAUCUGGCAGACAGAGACACAGGGUCAGGAGAGGAUCCAGACCAGCCAGGUUGUGACAGGAGGACAAAUCCCGACACAGGCAGGGUCACACACCCAGACACACAGCCAGACCGUGGGACAGGACAGCAGCCAUCACACAGGAAGUACCGGCAUCCAGACACAGGGGUCUUUCUCUGGCCAGACCAGCCAGGUUGUGACAGGAGGACAAAUCCYGACACAGGCAGGGUCACACACCCAGACCACAGAGCAGGGCAGGUGCCAGGCUGAGAGUCACACAGGCAGUAGUCAAAAAUGGACACACUCUGAGGUAGGCGAGUCCGUGCCAGGUGGACAGACUCAGACUGGGGAAAGCCCUGAGACAGGAAGACAGGAGGGGAGCGGCACUCACACGAGUGUGGCCAGAGGGCCGGGGGAGAGCGAGCCCACAGCGGUCAGGGCAGAGUGGGUCGAUGACCACACGAGGGAGGUGGUGCUGGGAACUGAAGACCACGGCAGCCGGCACAGCAGCGCUCCGUCGUCACAGGCCCCGGACGCAGGCCAACCAGGAGGGCAGCGGGGCGUCACAGCCAAGGCGCUGUAUUCCUACUUCAGAGGCAGCAAGCCGUGA